AUGGUAUCCGAUCAGGAUCCCGAGAUCUCAACGCCACUCUUAGGAACCCAUCCAACCGGAGCGCAUGUCGAGUACAAGCACCAGCACAAGCGAUGGAUCCUAUUUCUCUUAUGCACGGUAAUUGUCACACUUGACUUUGGCACUUUCCUCUCCCUUGCUCCACAGACUCAGAUUAUGGAAUCAAUCAUCUGUCGCAGGUUUCAUCCAGGACUGUUUAUCGACCUCCCACAUGGGCAGUUCUUGUCAGAUGAUACACCCUGCAAAUCUGUAGAUGUACAGGGGGAGCUGGCAUUGAUCAGUGGAUGGAAAGAUACAUUGGACCAGAUCCCGGGAAUCAUCCUUGCCCUGCCAUUGGGCUUCCUGUUGGAUCGCAUUGGCCGCAAGCCUGUUGCGAUGCUAAGUAUGAGCGGACUCCUCAUGGAGGAGAUCGCGAUCCGCAUCAUCUGCUUAUACAGUGAAGCAAUUCCCCCUCGAGCCAUCUGGCUCACGCCUUUAUUUCAAUUAUGUGGUGGUGGUUCUCAAAUAGCCAGCUCUGUGGCCUUCACCGUUUGCAAACAUAUUCUUCGUGCUCUUUGCGGCUGUCCUACUUGCGAGAUCCUUGCAACACCUCUGAGUGCUUGGCUUAUGUCCUGGUCGCCGUGGCUUCCAUUCCUGCUCGGCUGGCUCUGUGAAGGUUGCGGCUUACUGGCAGCCAUACUUAUCCCGGAGACUCUGCCGAAGGCGCCAAACGAAUUGGAAUCUGAAUCGGCAGAUGAGGAGUGUGAUCGGCUUGACCGUCCACCCACCUCGCCUAAAUGGAAAGGGUCCCUCUAUAGUGCCGGGUCCCAUAUCAUGAGCUUAACUGCAUUUGUCUGGGGAAAUUUCAACACGGUGGCUAUUUCAAUUGCAUUCCUGGCGGCUAGUGUUGGAGGGCAGGCCCUCCAGUUGAUCAUCCAAUAUGCUUCCAAGCGCUACUCAUGGACAAUGGCAAAGGCAAGCUUUCUCAUCUCUCUAAAAGGAAUGAUUGAUCUCGUCGUCUUGCUUCUAUUGCUACCAACUAUCUCCCAUUAUCUGAACCGGUACCUUUCUCCGGCUGUCAGAGAUCUUCGAAUAACACAGGCAAGUGCAGCUAUUCUAGCAGUUGGGUUCGGCAUCAUGGCAGUGGCCGAUCAACCAGUGCUGUUCGCCGUUGGUGUAUCCAUUCUGGCCUUAGGCUGGGGUUUCUAUUCCACCCUCCGCAAUGUGGCCACAACAUUGGUUGCGGAGUCUCAAAUCGGGACACUCAAUACCACAAUCGCUCUUGUCCAGGGGAUUGGGAGCAUGAUUGCUGGACCGUUGCUCGCCAAUGCAUUUCGAAAAGGUAUGACGCUGGGUGGUACCUGGAUGGGCUUACCAUACAUGGUGGGUGCUAUGCUGUUUUUGUUGGCAGGACUGGCUGCGUCUAGCGUACGGACACCUCAAUAA